CUAAAUCUUCCUUCAUCAAUUCAUAAGCAAAACAAAAUUGAGAAAAAUCUCCAUCUCUCUCUAGACCUUCCUCUAGAGAGAGAAUUUAUUUAGUGAGUGAGAGGAUUUAAGAAGAUUUCUUCUUCUUUAUUUCUGCAAAAUCUGUAAUUAAUUAAUAAUGGAAGGAAAAAAAUUUGCAGUUCUAUUAUGUGCAGAGGAUUCAGAAUACGUGAAGAAGAAAUACGGUGGUUAUUUCGGGGUUUUCGUGAGAAUGCUGGCGGAGGAAGGGGAAACGUGGGACUUUUUCCGGGUGGCUCAUGGCGAGUUUCCGACGGAUGAUGAGAUCGGAGAAUUCGAUGGAUUUGUAAUCACCGGAAGUUGCAAUGACGCGCAUGGCAAUGAUUUGUGGAUCUGUAAGUUACUCAAUCUGCUCAAAAAAAUUGAUUCAAUGAAGAAGAAAGUUUUGGGUAUUUGCUUUGGACACCAGAUAUUAGGACGAUCAUUGGGUGGCACUAUAGAGAGAGCUACUAAUGGAUGGGACAUUGGUGUCACUACUGUUAAUUUAUCAACGUCCAAGCAAUUCAACUCUCUCAAAUUACCUGCAUUUUUGCAAGUUAUCGAGUGUCAUCGCGAUGAGAUCCGUGAACUUCCACCAAAGGCAGAGGUAAUGGCCUGGUCCAACAAAACUGGAAUUGAGAUGUUUAGAUAUGGUGAUCACAUCAUGGGUAUUCAAGGUCACCCUGAGUACACCAAAGACAUUCUUCUCCAUCUCAUUGAUCGUCUUCUUCAACACAACCUUAUUGAGGAGAGCAUGGCUGAUGUGGCCAAGGCAAAGGUUGAAGAGCGUGAGCCAGACAGGGAACAAUGGAAGAAAUUAUGCAUUAGCUUUCUCAAGGGUAAAUUGUGAUGGCAAUUUAUUAGAGGCUAUUGGAAUUGGUCAAAAAGUGUAAAUAGGAGAUUAUGGUGUUAGAUGAAUUUUUAGACUGUUUUGGACUUGGACAUCGAUUAGAUGUCAUUAUCAAGAAUUUACUAUUAAACUUUAACUAAUGAAAUUGAUAAUUAAGUUCAAUUGCAAUUGAAUUAUUUUGAUUUCAUUUA